GAACGUAUUAUAUUUUUGCACAUUAUCAUCAUCAUCACAACUGUGAUCACAACAUGUUAUUAAUCAUUAUUAUUAUCAUUAUUUAACUCAGUUCAGUGCUCAUUCCGUUUGUGCUUUGAUUUGAUGCUGCAAUUUCGUUCCGAAUUUUUCGUUUUGGAUUGUGUGUUGACGCGAUCGAAAUCGUACGGUAAUCACGAAGUAAGCGCAGGCAUUAUUAUUAUUUUUUAUGUUUUCUAUAUCGCAGAGAGAGUAGUGUUUGGGUCUAUAUAGAUAAAAGCAUCCUAAAUAUAAUUUAUAGCGUACCUACUAUCUUACAAUAUAUUUUUUCUUGAUAAAUCCAAAACAUCUUAUCGUUUUAACUAUCUCUUCAAUUAUUGUUUAGCGUAAUUGUAAAUUUGAUACUUGAUACUUAAAUACUGUAACUAGAUUAUAAAUACCAUAUAUACUAAGUAAUAAGUAUUUUUUAUCUAUAUAACCUAACCUAACCCUUUUAUUAUAACGUCAUCCUUGUAAAGGAUUUUUUCUAAACACCUUGGUAAUUCACAAAUAUUGUGUGUCAUAACACUAUGUUUUGUGCUAUAAAUAUUGAUUUUUUAUGUUUAAUAAAAGUUAUAUGCUAUACAGAAUCAGGCAGACUUACUAAUACUACUAGUAUAAUACGGCUAAUGCCUACACUAUUUUCGAAUCAAUAAUAUAAUAUUAUACGUUGCAAAUGACGCCCCUGAUUGAAAUCGGUAAUGGAUAACAUAUCAGUAAACGAUAAGCGAUUGAAGUGGGUAACAGAAAAUGUCUUAAUACCUAUAACUCACAACCGGUAUAAUAUCUGAUAUUAUUGUUAUGCAUACCAAUUAUUAUUUUUUAUUAUAUUUUUUUCGAAUCUGUGUUGAAAACGCAGUGAGAUAGCAUUUAAAAAUUGUAUUAAACUAACACUUUUCAAACGAUUUCCUAUAAUAUUGAAAAAAAAAAAAAUAGAAAUCAAAUUUACUAAUCUUUAUCGAAAUUUACUGGAUUAUGAUAAAAAUAAUCACCUUGUAUAAUUGUUCGACGAUUCGUCGUGGCCAGUAUCAUUAUCAUUUAAUUUUUUGGUACCCGUAAGCAAACAUUUUAUUAUCAGCCAUUUUAUUUCAUUCAGCUAUUCUAUUUACGAUUGUAUAUGUAUAAAACACAAGCACGUUGAAUUGGUAAAUCUAAAAAAAAACAAAAUGUUUUUCGUCUUGUGGCUAUACUUUAACACUAGUCUGUGUGCUAUUCGCAAAAUAAAAACAAAAAAGUUUUUUUUUCUUCCGUAAAAUGUCGUAACACAUUUACGCCGUAGUAUAUUUAUGAUCUAAAUAACGAUUUAAUAAUAUACUACAAUAAUAAUGAUGUAAAUAUAUUUUAUGACAUUGCACAUUUUUAUUUUUAUUUUUUGCAGAAAAUCGUGUUUUAUUUAUGUGCAUUAUAUAAAAUAGGUAAUUAGUAUUUAUAAUAGACAGCCUUGGUUUAGGAGCCGAACCGCAGCUUAAAAUUCAGAAUAACAAGCGUUGCAUUACUGUAUAUACUCGGCAUGCGUGUUAUUUGGCGCCAUUCUGAUAUAUUAUAAUUUACAUAAUAAUUUAUCAAGUAUGUACAGCGCGUGAAACGGUAUAUUAUUAUUUACUAUUAAAAAAAAAAUUAUGUUACAAAAAAAAAAAAAUUGUAUUUUAUUAUAAUUGAUCAUCAUUAGACAUGAUAAAAAAAAACCCCCCGAACGCAUUAGAUAAUUCUUUUUUUUUUUUAUUGAAAAUGUUUGAGUGAAAUUAUUGUAAAAUCUUUAGAGGUUACAAAAUAGACGGUAAAAGAUAGUUUAAACGCUUUAAACACGGUGUCAACAUAAUUAUUAUUUGAUUACUUAUAACCUAUAAAAAUGGAGUAGCCAUGGAAGGACAUGCCCUAUCAUUGGCCAUUUCAACGUAUUUACGUAUUUUUAGUUUAUUUUAUGCGUUUGAAAAAUUUACUCUCAAUUAUUAUCAAUUUGUUUGAUACUAACUUUUAUUUUUUUAAUCAUUUUUUAUCAAAAUGGUCGAUGGUUUAUGGUUAUAGCGAUCUGUGACCUAGUUUAGGUCAUAGGUAUACGCAGCUGUAUAUUUUGUGAUAACAUUAUAGACCUUAUACUAGUAGACGGAGCAUAUAAGAUAGACGGGGUAGAGUAGUUCGGUUAUGGCAAUAAGUGUUUACAUCAAUUACAUUAUUAGACUAUUUAUAUUUAAAUCUAAACGAUUGUUAUAAACAAGUUAUUACUGUUAAUUGUUGAGUAUUUCUUUUUAACUUUUUGGUUUCCCCUCAUCCUCCUCCUUCUGAAGCACAACUGCCAGAGUGAUCAAAUCGAAGCAAAUUUUCAAUUAGAAUAAAAAGUUGAAACAAUUUAAUUGGCAUAAUUAAAAUUGAAAAUAGUAGUUCACGUAAAUUUAUUAUUUCUCAUAUUUUUAUUGCUCAUAUUGGCUUCUGAAAAAAUAAAAUAAAUUUUUAAUUCACUUAAAGUCAGAUAAUAUUAAAAACGUUUAUUUGCAGUUUCUAAAUUACUUUUUGUCGAUUAGGCUAUUUGAAAUAUUUCAAUGACCAUUACAUUUAGUCUUUUUUUUUUUAUUAUUAUUGAAUAUAACAAUUUAUUAAGAGAAUAUAGUUACAAGAAUAAAUACAAUUAGAAACAAAUUCAAAUACAAGCAUAUAAGUAUUCUGUAACUGGUUUAUCUGCCUUCUUCAAGCAAAGCUUGAGUUAAAAGUAGAGAGCUAUUUGCUUAAAAUUUACACAUUAUAUACCAUGAUAGACUAAUAGAGAAUAUAGAAAUAUUUACACAAUACAAAGUAAUUUCUUAAGCUUACAAUUUAGAUAUAAAUAUUGGAUAACGAUUUAUUUAUAUUAAUAUUAUUAUUUACUCUAAGAUAUCUCUUAAAAUUAUUAUUUAGAUAAUUGAAAUAUGUAGGUCCUAAAUAAUCAACAAACAAUCAACGUCAUGUAUUGCCUAUGCAAAUAUUUUUUUAUACUCGGAACUUGGCUGGGAUUUCGAUUCAGGAAUUAGUAGGUAGUUUUUUUAAUAAUUGAGCAAAAACUAAAAAAUGAAAAAAAACUAGAAAAAAUAAGAAAGUUUACUGAAAUAAUAGUUUUAUUAUUUUCAAUUUUAUUUUUCGUUGCAAUUUAGUCAAAGAUAUUUGUAAAGACUUGAAAUUUAGACAGAAAAUUUUUAUUUGCUUUUUUAGGCGUGAUCAAUUUUUCAGCUAUUUAUAGACAUUUUAGAUUUUAAUUUCGCGAGUUUUUAGGUAAUUUUUAUUUAUAGUAGUUACUCUAUGGAUAAAAUCGUUUGAACAAACAGAAAUACAUGAAAAUCCAACAGGAGGUUCAUAAAUUGUACUUUGUGAUAAAAAAAAAAAAUGAAGUAACUACAAUAAUUUUUUAAGAAUUUUAAUUUUAAAAUUUGAAGAAAAUCAUAAAUAUUACGGCCUUUCAAAACAUGUAUAACCGAACUUUGCUCCGAAUCUGAUAGCAAUGGUUUAUCGUUGCUUACAAGUAUAAAUUAAAUAACUUUAUGUAUCUUGCCUACCCAACUUUAUACGUCCAACAGUAGCACACCUAUCCCCACUUUCAUCUUUUUUAAAUUUUGAUCAGUACGUGCAAAUCACGAGGGAAUAAGUUCAAAAUAAGUACAGUAGUUGAAUUUUGACGAAAAAUUGCGAGUGAUAUUUACUUAUUUAUUGUUAGUUUUCACAAUCAUGGGAAAAUCUCAUACAAAAAAAAAAGACGAUCCUGAAGCCUACACCGCCGACGAAUCACUGGAAGACUCGAUUACACUGAAAAAACCUAAUCUCGAUGGUGAUAGAUUUAAUUUUUACCUUUUGACGUUACUGUACGUAAUUCAAGGGUUCCCAAUAGGUUUAUCGACCGCCAUCCCGAUCAUAUUGCAGAGUAAAAAAACGGUGACCUACGAUGAUCAAGUAAACCGUCGAGAUUGUAUUAUCGUUUUAUUGCACGGGUUAACUAAAUCAUUAUAAUUGACGUGUUAUAAUUAGGCUGCGUUCAGUAUUUCGGUGUGGCCGUACAGCUUAAAACUUUUAUGGGCCCCGGUAGUUGACGCGCUUUAUUCGAAACGGAUUGGCAGAAGAAAAAGUUGGCUAUUGCCUCUCCAAAUAUUAAUGGGUAUUUAAUCCUCAAUUUUUUUUUAUCUUAUUCAAAAACGGUAAUACAAUAUUUCGCUGUUCAAUUUUAACUAUUCAAAUGCAUUUUAUACAGGGUCAUCUUUACUCUGUAUGGCCUAUAACAUCGACGACUGGAUGCCCGAAACGGGAAAACCAAAUCUUAGAAUGUUAGUGAUUGUGGUUUUUUUCAUCAACUUGUUGUCCGCAACUCAAGAUAUUGUCGUUGACGGUUGGGCGCUGACCAUGUUGAAAAAGUAAUGAUUGAAUACUAUUAAAAUCAGUGAACGGUUCGUAGAUACCUAUCUACGUUAAAAUCACUUUUAUUUAAAUUUGUUUUUUUUAUCUUUUAACAUUUUUAUAGAAAUAACGUGAGUUAUGCUUCAACGUGUAAUUCCGUGGGAGUGCCGUUCGGAAUGUUCAUAGGAAACGUUUGCUCGAUUUUGUUAGUGUCCGAGUACUUUAACAAUAUCUUUUUAAGAACUACGCCCAGCUCGGGAGGAGUCGUAACGAUGAAAGGUAUGAUUUCAAAGUACUGAGAGUAUAAAACUAUGGAAUUAAUAAUUGGCGUAAGUAUCGAAUGAUUCGAAUAUUAUCGGUGGAUAUAAGUUUAAUCAACUUAAAUAAACUUAUUUUAGCUUAAGGUAUACCGCCAUAGGUAUAAUAUAUACGCGGUAACUUUUAUGUAACCUGAAGGGUUAAUAAUCCGGGGUUUAAGUCGAAACCGCUAGUUGUAAAUAUUAUUGAUUGUAUACACUAUACAAGUUUUUGUUUAAAUUAAUUUUAUUUAAUAUUAUUUAAACUGUAAUAUUUUUUGUCAAAUUUUCCCUGUAAAUGGAGACAAUGCACUAUAUUGUGUAUGUUAUAUGUAUCUAUUAACCGGAACUUUUGGACACGUUUAGUGGCUACCUCCGGAACAGAUAAGCUAGGAUAACUCGGAAAUUAAAGUUAUUUUUAAAAUGGAAUUGAAAUUAUAUAGUUUUGGUUGAAUUUCGAUAUGAAGUUUACCAUGUUAUUGCGAGAGUAGUGAUUAUUUUUAGCUUUUUAAAACAAAAUAGACCACCCCCAAAUGAGCUUAGAAAAAUGAAAUGUUUUAUACACACAGUAUAAGUAUCAAUGAUGUAUUUUAAAGAUGUUUCAACAUUCAGACCUCCAACUUACUUCAGAGUAUAUACUCGACAGAUUAUAACGACCAAGUAAGUAAUUGACGUUUUUAUUUAUUAUUCCUAAAUUCAUUAUUUUAGGGGUUUACCAGGUUUCACGUCCAACGGUCUCUUCAUUUUAUACCCUGUUUUCUCAUAUAUUUCUAUACUUGAUUUUUUUAACGAAUUUGAGCUUAUAAGAGUAUUUAAUGAAAAUUUCAGUUUUUUUUUUUUUUUUUUGUUAAUUACAUCAAAAAACAAAAUAGAAAAUAAUAAGAUUCUUAAAUGAAUAUUUCAUAGUUUUUUCCAGUUUUUACAAUUAUAAGGAAAACUACUAAGAAAAUAAAAAAUCUUCCUUGAUGUAUCAACCAGAUACAUUUUUCCAUCAAAAACACUUUUCUCUUAUUUGAUAAUCGAAACGGGAUUUUCAGUACAAAAGUUGUGAAUAGGCAGAAAAUAUAUUUUUUUAAAAAGCCCGUAUUAAUACCAAUUCAUUAUCCUCGUUUCGCUCAGAUUAAAUAAUUAAUCAANUAUAUUUUAUAAUGGCAUAGUGAACACAAAAUACGAAUGUAUAAAAUAUAAUUUUGGCGCACGUAUGUUAAUUUAAUUUGUUUUGUCAUCAUCUACGUUCAAUCUGUAUAAACGGAUACGAAACCUCAUUAUUCCGUCUCAUGUAUUAGUAUGUAUUUUAUUAGAUAUUUUUAAUACUCAAAUAUAAUAACUUUAAUAUGGGAAUUUCAGGUUUUCGAAUGCAUAAAUGAACUAUUGGUAACUCCAAACAUUUGCUGUUCUUCCGAUCAUUUUUUUCCUGUUUUUUUCAAUUACCUAGUACAAAUCCCCUAAGAAAAUCAAAAAAUGACCUCAUUCAAAAAUGGUACAAAAAUGCAUCAAUUAGAUAAAAUUUCCUUUUAGAAAGAAAUAUACUUGAUAACCGAAGCAAAAUUUCUAGUAGAAAAGUUACUCAUAGACACCCCCCAAAAAAAUGAAUAUUAUUAUAUAUACUAAUCGAUUAUGUAACAUUUAUCGUAAUACAAAUUUGCGGAUCGGUGAGUUCAAUGUUUAAAAUUUUCAUAAUUUGUAUGCAAUUUAAUGGGGAAAGAAAUCGUAUGAAACGUUGUCGAUUGUAUUUGGAAUAGUUUUAAAACUAGUAACUUAAUUUAAUUAUCUUAUAAACUGAUUAUCAUUGACAAAUUGCUUACGUACGUUUAAAUUUCUUCGCCAAUUCGCGGCAUUGCCUACUCGUGCACAAUACGGUUCAAACUAAAUCCGAUUAAAUUAUCAGUCUAUGAAUACAUAUUUGUUUACUUAGUACGUAGUACUCUUCACGCAAUACAAAUCGAUAAUGAUAAUUUCUUACCAACAAAAACUACAGGAAUUUAUUAUGGAACUAUUUAAAACGAUACCGUAAUUGCACUUAACUCGUCGUAUUAUUUUGCUGAACACCUUGAGAAAUUUAAUAAAAAAUAAAAUAAAAUUGUUAUGGGAUAAAUUCACCACAGAAAUUGAUUCUAGAUUCAAAUUUAUUUCUGAUGUGACUAGGCGAUUGAUUGAAUUUAAUCUUUAGAAUCAGAAAAUAUCCAAUUUUGUCUUAGAAUAACCCGGAUAAUACUGUAUAUUUUAUUAUUACAUGUUGAACACAAAAUACGAAUGUAUAAAAUAUAAUUUUGGCGCACGAACAAUUUAAUUUGUUUUUCCAACAUUUACGUUUAAUCUGUAUAAACGGAUACGAAACUUCAUUAUUCCGUCUAAUGUAGUAGUAUGUAUUUUAUUAGAUAAUUAUAAUAUUUAAAUAUAAUGACUUUAAUAUGGAAAUUUCAGGUUUUCGAAUACAUAAAUGAACUAUCGGUAACGUCAAACAUUUGCCGUUCUUCCAAUAAUUUGUUUCCUGUUUUUUUUUUUUCAAUUACCUAGUAUGAAAACCAUUAAGAAAAUCAAAAAAUGACGUCAUUCAAAAAUGGUACAAAAAUGCACCAAUUAGAUAAAAUUUCCUUUCAGAAAGGAAUAUACUUGAUAACCGAAGCAAAAUCUCUAGUAAAAAAGUUGAAAAGAUAUUUUAUUUUAUUUUUUGAUACUGUGUACAAAAAUUCUAUCAGAAAGCUUACUCUGAUAUAUACCCUUUUCUGAGUGGAAAUGUGACUGAAAAGUGAUUUUAGGGAUUUUUUUUGAUUUUUCAAGGAGUUUUCUUAAUAAAUGAGAAAAACCGGGAAAAAACUGAGGAAAAGCGGGAAAAUGGGUACGCAAUAUUAAACAAACAUUAUUAAAGAAAAUAUAUAAUGCCUAUUUAAUUAAUUCAUAUUUUACGAUAAUAUGAUAUAAUAUAUAUUGUUGACAAUGCUUUAUCAUCAAAUGAACCCCGCUCAGUAUCGUUUUUUCGUAAGCAAUGGUUUAUCGUUGAUUACAUAUAUAUAUUAAAUUCCCUUCUGUAUUCUAUCUCCCUAACUUCCCAUCUAUAACAGUGGCUGACGUGCGAAGAAUGUCUGUCUUUUUUCUCUUUCUUUUGGAUGGCGAAUUUGAUGCUCUUAAAAUGUGGUCGUUCUAACCACCUGCUUGUUCUGCUUUAAGGUAAACCUGGCGCCACUAGGUUUGUUAUGAAUUUGCCUAUAUAAUAUCUCAACAUAUUACAAACAUUGUUUACGAAAAAGAUUCUGAGCGAAGUUUGUAUAUAAUUACAUGCUUUUAAAGGACGUUGUAUUUAUGGUUUCCAUAAAGUUUAAACUUGCAGCCAUUAUUUAUUAUGAAAUUAUUAUUCUUCGGAGUAUCUAGAUCUAAAAUUCAAUAGAAAAAAUAUCUUGUCAUUUUUCUACUGGAGCACUAUUUCUAGUAGAAAACUUAGUUCGCAAAAAUUUUCUAAAAUUUCCCAAUAUUUUCCCAAUAAUUAUGAAAACUUCUUGGAAAAUCAAAAACUUACUUUCUUUAUGCACAAACUAGGUAAAAUUUCCUUUCAGAAAAGAUACUACACUUGAUACAUCAAAGCAAAAUUUUUGCAGAUAAAAAAGUUGCUCACAAACCCACACACACAAAAAAAAAACACAUCGUAGUAAAACCAACAAGUCGAUCGUUCCGUUUCGAAUCUGAAAUAUUAUAAAUUUAUAAUAGAUAUUUAAUUUAUACAAUUUUCAGUACAUAUAGAAUAUUAUCAAAAUUAUUAUAAAUACGAUGACUCAACAUACAUUAUUCGUUAUCUCCGAAAAUAUUAAUUAAAACUGCAGAUCGAUUAAAGUGUAUAUUAUUCCAUGCAUAUUACGCGAAGUAUUUUCGAGAAAUUUUACACUUUAACUCGAAUAACAUGCAAACUAUAUAUUUCAGUAACAUUUAAAAAAAACUUUGAAGAGGGGGGAUUGUAACCCAAAACCCCUUCCUGACUAAGCCAUUGAUCACAAAUAUUUAAAAAAUAAUUGAAUACAUUACUAUUUUUUUAUUUUUUUUAUUUUGGCAGGCUUUCUAUGUUUUUGCGGUAUAACAGUAAUAUUGAUUACGAUAUUGGUUGGAAUAUUCAAAAAGGAAAACGAUAACGUUUUACAGGAAAACGACCACGUGAAAAUCAGCGUCUGUCAAAAUUAUAAGAUAUUAUGGAACAUUUUAAAGUUGCCUCAUAUACGAAUAUUGGCAUUAGCUUUAUUUACAGCCAAAGUGAGUAUAUUAUUAUUUAUAGGCAUUGAAAAAAAAAACAAAUAAAAUCAACAAUCUUAAUCAAAAUCCUAAAUUGCAUAUACACUAUACCUAACAGUUUAUAUUUGGUUCAAAUUUUGAAUUCGUUUUUUUUUACUAAUACAAGUCGCACGAUCGUUGAUUAUAUUUGUAUAUUUUAUUUAUGAAAGUGUGUCUUUAUAUUUUAGAUAGGAUUCUGCGCUACAGAUAAUCUCCCAAAUUUGAAUUUAAUCGAUGCAGGAUUGCCUAAGGAAAACAUUAUGGUUAUCACUACGAUUUGUUACGCCGUAAAAUUCACCAUGCCCAUUUUCAUUUCCAAAUAUACGACGGGCCCCAAACCGAUGAGCUAUUAUCUGAAAAUAACACCAUUCAAGUACAGGGUCAAAAAUUUCUUUUAUUUGUAGAUUCUUAUUUGAACCUAAUGUAACAAUUAAUUAAUCUUAUAAUUAUUAUGAGUAAAAAAACCCGUAUUUAUUAUAGUUUUGUAUUAUGACUAGACUGCAAUGCGAGUUUUAUGAAUGUAUGUGAGUUUCUUUAUUUCACCAUAACUCUUAGAUGCCUUAACCGAUUUAGAUGUGUAUGAUAUCGUUAAAUUAUUGCGUAUUUAGGCUGAUGUGAUAUCUUAAAAAAAUUAAUGAAGUGGUCAAAAAUAAUCAAAAACCUAUACUAUUUAUUUGUCUGUGUAUAGACAUAUUAAAAUAUGCUAGACUAAUGUCCUCGUGCACCGUUUUUACAUUGCCGAUCAGUCUUGUGUUCGAAUCUCGAACACAUUAAUCAAUUAUGAAAAACUAAAAUGCGUCAAAAAAUAAAGAAAUAAGAUUAAAAAGACGAAAAUAAAACUAAUUAAUUAAUUAAUAAAAUCAAAAAUCUGUUCGUUGAAAAAACGAACAAAAUAGAUAAUGAUAGAAAAUGAAAUGUAACAAAAAAUAAAUAAAGAACCGUUACUGCAGACGAGUGCAGCCAUUGUUGUAGAUGGAUAGUGGGGAAGGUGGGAUACAUAAAGUUAUUUAAUUUAUAUCUGUAUCCAACGAUAAACUAUUGUUAAUGAAAAACGAUUCGAAGCGACGUCCGGUUAUAUGUUUUGAAAGGCCGUAAUAUAUACGAUUUUCGUCAAAUUUAAAACUUAAAAAAAAAAAAUACAUCGUAUUAUUACCAAUUUUUUUUUCAACCACUAACUAGGACUUAUAAUGAAUCUCUUGUUAAAUUUUCAAGAAUUUUAGUUUAGUGUAACAUUUUUAUUCUCAAAGUAUCUACCAAUUAAAAGUUACGUAAAAAGUCGCAAUAAUUAAAAUGUCUAUAAAUAGCUCAAAAAUAACUAAAAGGCUUUGAACGUUUUACUGCUUCUAAAAAAAGUAAAAAUAUAUUUACUGUUGAAAUUUUAAGUCUCUACGAAUAUUUUAACCUAAAUCAAAAUGGAAAAACAAAAUUAAAAAAGCGUUAUUUUCAAAAAAUUUCACAUUAUUUCUACGUUUUAUUUUGGUGUUAUUAUAGUUUUUUAAUUAAUCAAAAAAAUCAAAAAAAAUGAAUAACUUACUCAUAAACUAGAUUAAAAAUACAACAAAAAAGGUCUUUUGUCGUUUAUUUAUUUUUGAAAUAUUUACGGUACCUAAAGAAUAUAAGCCGUAAAAAUUUAAAAUAAUGGAAUCGUUGUGCUGUAAUUUGAAAAAAAAAAUCGUAUAUUUCGUCUUUUUGGUUUUUCCCAAUUAUUAUAAAAAAUACUUUAAAUAUCAAAAAAACAACUUUCUUUGUCAGUGGUCAUGUGUUAAGAGGAACAAAAUUGAACUCGUGUAAUUUUUUGAUUGGAGUAAUAUUUACGGUUAAAACCGUUAUGUUAUAAAUAAUGUUUUUGACAUAAGUUGAAUUUUGAUGUGAAUAUUAAUCAAUUUUAAUUUUUUCGGUUUUUCCCAAUAAUUAUAAAAAUUAAUUUUUACAUUGAAAUAUGACUUACUCUGUCAAUAGCAAAAUAUUAAAAGGAACAAAAUCAAUCGUUUGAUAUUUUUAGUUUGUAGCAAUAUUUCUUGUAUAAAACUUAAGUAGAACACAAUGAAAACAAUAACGUCACGACGUGCCGUAAAUAUUUGCCAUUUUACCUAUAAUUUUCUUUCGGUUUUUCCCAAUUAUUUCAAAAACCCAUUAGAAAAUCAAAAAAUGUUUGUCUAAUUCAUCAACAAGAUACGCAGUAAAAUUAAGCAGUUACUAAACGAGACUACAUUUUUUAUGAAUUAGGCAACCAAACUAACUUAACAAAUACAUAAAACAGUAGAUUGAUGCCUCCGAACAAAAAACACCGUGUCUAGAAAAUGUUAAUUUAUAAGCCUAAUAUUUUAUGAAAUUACUAAACGCCGAAGAAGAUUGAAUUUUGUUUUGUUUUUUAAUAUAAUAUAAAAAAGAAAUGUGCAGCCGUUGGUUCUGAUUGCGAUUAUUUAAGAUCAAUUUACUGAUUGCUUUUUUUAUCACAUUUAAUUAAUCUAUUUCAUUUAAAAAAAAAAAAAAAAAAAGCAAAACGCAUUUAAACUUCUUCCGUUUUAUCCGUUGAAGUUUUUCAACUUUUUUAAAAAUAUAUAUAUUUUUUUUAAUAUUAACUAUUCUUGCACCAAGCCAUAGAAAUAUAUUAGGAACAAGCAUAUUGUUAAUAUUUCGCAUACAAAACAUGUGUUUCAGAUUGUUAUGGGCUAUCCCGUACGUCGUUUUGAUUUAUUACACGCCGAGUUUAAUACACGAAAACGGAAUUGUUCAAGUAUCGAUGAUUUAUUAUUUUACACUGGGAUUCAUUAGUUUAGUUAAUGAAGUAAGUUAGCAGACUGUUAAGUAUACGGUAGGUACCUACUUAAACAUUCGUCUACAACUGAUAAGCUGUUUAAUGAGAAAUAUAUUAAAUGUUAUAUAAUAUUAGUAAUUUCAAGUUAUGAUUCAUUAUAAUUUCUAAUACAUUUUAUUAUUCAUUAUACGCGAUGGUAGAGGGGGCAUUGGUGAGUGUACGUAGUGUAAUACGUAUCUUCCUGGAUUCAAUUAAUGUUUACAAAUUAAAAAUAAAGAUUAAAAUAAAAAAAUUACAGUUAUAAUAAUUUAUAAUUAUUUAUAUUUAUAAUCAUGAAUAAAGCAGUUAUUUGUAUGUUUUAGAUGCUCAGUUUUUUCAUGAUAUUAGCAUUAUUCGCAUUUUUUUGUCGAUUGAGUGACCCAAAGUUCGGUGGCACGUACAUGACUUUAUUCAAUACGUUUUUCUUUUUGGGAUUUCUACUAUCGAACACGUUUAUUUUGAAAUUGGUCGACCUCUUGACGUUUAAACGGUGUUCAAACGACCCGAGAAACUUGUGUACCACCAGCGAAUCGAUAGAUGUGAGUAAUUUGCAAUGUUCAAAUUUCGAAAUAAAAAAUAUCUGGAUACCUAUACUCAUAUAUAAUGUUUUUUUAUUUCGACUUGCUUUUUUCAGAUUUGCAAUAUUAGUAACAAAGGAACUUGCGCGGUAAACGUGAACGGCUAUUAUAUAGUGACUGCCUUUUGCAUGGUCGUCGGAUUCGUUUGGUACGGUAUUUUUGGAAACAUCAUCAAAAACUUUCAAUCAAUGAAACUUUCGCAUUGGACGGUAAACGUUAAACAGGCGAAAAGUAGUGGCCAAGAAGUAAUGGAAUCGAUUAUAACGUAAUUCGCGUGAUUAUAAUAUAUUAUUGCGCGCGUACUGAUUAACUGUCGUUUUAUUAUUUAUUAAUUAAACAUCUCUAAUAAAUUACUGUAACGUAUUUUUUCUCCGGCAAUAAUAUAUUAAUAUUAUUUACACAAUUGGUUAAAGUUAGGUACCAUUAUAU